AUGUCGUUCCACGUUUUCGGAAACUGGUUGGUCGAGAAGAGCGGCUUCACGGUGGAUUACGUCGGCACUAGCGUUGCAGGAACACUAGUGGAAGCCUAUUCACGCCAGGCAACGCUGGCACUCAAGGAGGAAUUUCAUCGCGUCGGAAGACAGGAUCGAGCAAUACUGCCUCAGUUUACCGAUUUCAGGGAUUUGAGUGUGCAGCAUGAUCAGUCGGCACAGAAACACGCCGGCAUCGAGAACGCGUUAGUCUGCGCCACACAACUUUGCAAGUACAUCAGUUCCUAUGCGGAGCCUGCCAACAGAAACAAACAUUUUGUCGCGUUUGGUAUUGGUGGUUUUGCAGCCCUUGCGGCGGCCACGAGUGACACGCCAGCAGCCGUAGUCUCCAAUGCAGUCCGCGCCACCCUGCUAGCAUUCCGGCUCGGCACAUUUGUUGAUCAAAUGGCAAAAAAUAUUCUGCAUUUAGAUACCGAGACGGCAGGCUCCGACUCUUGGGCAUACGAGUUCGCUGUCACAAAAGAUCACGCCUUGCCACUGUUGGCCGGAUUUUAUGUGGAAAAUAAACUCCCUGCGACAAGCCAAGCCUACAUCAGCUGCAUUAAUCCCAACAGCAUUGAGGUUUCUGCACAUCCUCAGACACUUAAAAAGCUGGUCUUACAAAAGAUAUUCAGGGCAAACCCGGUAUCGCUCCCAGUCUAUGGCCUAUACCAUGCAGCCUCUGUAUACGGCUUUGUUGAUAUUCGAGAGACCUUGCAAUUUGAUGGCUUGAACAUGCAGGGGACUUUGCAUUCACCCGUCAUCCUCUCGACUGGCGCUUGGCCCAGUGGUAGCAAAAUCAGCGAAUUGCUAAUUAGUGUUGUCGAAGAGUGCCUCAGGAUACCUCCUAUUCUCCACGCAGCCUUUGAUAUGUGUAUUAAUGCUGCUUUAUGUUUGAAUGAGCCUGAAAGCCAUGUGGUCGGUUACGGGCCCGCGAGCUUAACAGAUGCCCUCAUCAAUAGCUUCAAGGAAAAUACGAAGCUGAGUGUUGUUUUGCACGGUCCAUACCAAACACCGUCGAGCAGUACUGAGUUUUACGAUUCAUCUUCCCAUCACAGGAAGUUGGCUGUGGUGGGAAUGUCAGGUCGCUUUCCCGAUGCGAAAAAUCAUGACGAGCUGUGGGAGUUGUUAUGCAAUGGUACCGAUGUUCAUCGACCCGUUCCUACGGACAGAUUCCCCAUCGACACCUAUGUUGAUACUACCGGAAAGACAAAAAACACUUCUUAUACUCCCUACGGUUGCUGGAUUCAGAAUGCGGGACACUUUGAUACCGGCUUCUUCAACAUCUCACCGAGAGAGGCUGCGCAGACCGAUCCAAUGCAGCGUUUGGCGUUACUGACGGCCUAUGAAGCACUUGAAAUGUCAGGAUUUGUACCAAAUCGCACGCCGUCUACGAGGCUUGAUCGAGUUGGGACGUUUUAUGGCCAAACCUCGGAUGACUGGCGAGAGACGAACGCCUCACAAAACAUCGACACAUACUAUAUUACCGGAGGGAUCAGAGCAUUCGGCCCAGGAAGAAUAAAUUACUUCUUCGGCUUCAGUGGACCUAGCAUGAGUAUCGAUACUGCAUGCUCGUCUAGCGGCACGUCGCUGCAGGUUGCCUGCACGUCUCUAUUGGCAGGGGACUGUGACACGGCCGUGGUUGGUGGCUUGUCGAUACUUUCAAACCCGGACCUUUUCAGCGGCCUUUGUCGAGGGCAAUUCCUCUCCAAAACUGGACCGUGUGCUACCUUCGACAAUAAAGCUGAUGGAUAUUGCCGUGCUGAUGGCUGUGCGACCGUCAUUGUGAAGCGACUAGAGGAUGCCAUUGCCGACAAAGACAAUAUUCUAGGUGUCAUCCUCGGCACUGCCACCAACCACUCAGCCGAUGCAAGGUCUAUCACACAUCCACAUGGCCCAACGCAAGCAGCUUUAUUUACGAAGAUACUGAGCGCUGCCAGUGUGGAUGCCUUGGAUGUUGACUACGUGGAGAUGCAUGGGACUGGAACCCAAGCAGGCGACAGCACAGAGAUGGGCUCUGUGACUGACGUAUUUGCACCAGUGACAAGGAAGCGACCAAGCGAUCGGCCUCUGUAUCUUGGAGCUGUGAAAUCCAAUAUUGGUCACGGGGAGGCUGCCUCUGGAGUUACAUCCUUGAUCAAGUCACUGCUGAUUCUCCAACACAGCAUGAUUCCGCCUCAUAUUGGUAUCAAGCCAGGGUCAACCAUCAACACGCAGUUCCCAAAGGAUCUCCUGGACCGGAGCGUGAGGAUUCCAUUCAAGAUGACACCAUUUUCAAAGCAAAGCCAGCGGCCAAGGCGCAUCUUCGUCAACAAUUUCAGCGCCGCAGGUGGCAACACUGGAGUGUUGCUCGAAGACGGCCCAAGUCCUGCAGCGCAGAGGGCCGACCCUCGCAGCUGUCAUAUCGUCGCUAUAGCUGCCAAGACAAAGCAAUCGAUGAUCAAGAAUGUGAACAGUAUACUGUCUUGGCUAGAGUCCAACCGAGAGAUCCCACUUGCCCAUCUGGCGUACACGACCACGGCGCGGCGGAUGCAUUAUAAGUGGCGAAUGAGUUGCGCUGUUUCUACCGUUGACGACGUCCGGAGCUCAUUCAGCGCUCAGCUGGCCGCUGAUACUUUCUCUGUUAUUCCUAGCAUCGCUCCACGCGUCGUGUUUGUCUUCACCGGCCAGGGGUCCGUUUAUUCGGGAAUGGGCCGCGAGUUAUACGAGGACUACUCAAUCUUUCGAAAUUGCAUUAAGAACUAUGAGCAAAUCGCACGAGCCCAUCGGUUCCCGUCUUUUAUCGCCCUACUGGUCGGCUCUGAAACCGAGAACAGAUACAUGGAGAUGUCUCCAAUUGCGGUCCAGCUGGCGCUCUGCUGCUUUGAAAUGGCACUCGUGCAGCUGUGGAAUUCGUGGGGUGUUCGACCACAAGCUGUAAUUGGCCACUCUCUGGGCGAAUAUGCUGCGCUUUACGCUGCGGGCGUUUUGUCCGCUAGCGACACAAUAUACCUCGUCGGUACCAGGGCCAAUCUGUUGGCACAGCGAUGCACUAUGCACACUCAUGCUAUGCUCGCCGUUCAAGCUCCAGUCGCCUCGAUUGUGCAGGCCCUGGGGAGUGAGGAGAUGGUAACAUGUAUCAACAGCCCGUCUGAGACUGUUCUGGGUGGUCCGGUCUACGAUGUAUCCGUUGCGGCACAGAAACUUGGCGAUCUCGGGUUGAAAUGUGUGAAAUUGAGAAUCCCCUAUGCGUUCCACACAGAUCAGGUUAACCCCAUACUCGAUGAGCUUGAGAUAUCCGCUCAGAGUGUCAAGUUCUGUCAGGCAAAAGUGCCAGUGGUAUCGUCUUACCGAGGAGCCGUUUUGGAGAAUGAAGUACUGGAUGCUUCGUAUGUCCGGGAACAUACACGCAAGCCCGUGAAAUUUCUUUCGGCGAUUCUUUCGGCCCUCCCCAGCACUAAAAAAGACCAGACGAAUAUUUGGGUCGAAAUUGGGCCGCAUUCAGUCUGCACUCCAAUGAUUAAAGCAACGAUUGGAGGUGCGGCAGUCGUCGAGCCCUCUUGUCGUCGCGGCGAUUCUGUGCACCAGGUACUCAGCAAGACUCUGGGGCGUUUGUAUGGCCUUGGACUCGACAUCAAUUGGGACGUAAUUCACUAUGAUUUUUCCAAUUCAGUCAAGCUAUUGGCUCUGCCAUCAUAUUCUUUCAAUGAGAAGGAUUAUUGGAUCCCACUGGAAGACCGUCGGAGUCCUACAGUGAAGAGAGACGUUCCUCGAAUCACGCAUCAGAAGCCAAUUUUAUCAACCACGACAGUGCACAAAGUUAACAAUGAGACUAUUAAUGGUACUACUGCCUUUGUUGCGACAGAGACUGAUAUAUGGCGUGAAGACACCAAAUCUAUCAUUAUUGGCCAUCGUUGCAACGGCGUACCGCUGUGUCCAUCCUCGCUAUACGCCGAUAUAGCGAUGACUACUUCAGAUUACGCGGUUAGGCUACUGAAGCCAUCUGUCUCGGUGGGCCUUGACGUUAGCAACUUGCGAGUAACUAAGCCUCUCAUACUCGUUGAAGAUGGACCACCUCAGCUACUGCGAUGUGAGGUCCAGGCGGAUAUCACUGCUGGAUUUGCCAGUGUCACCAUGUGUUCUGGUGAAGGUAGCUUAAGGCUACUCCACGCUACCUGCAAGGUGGUGUUUGGAAAUCGGGACACAUGGAAAACAGAAUUCGAGGGCUUAGGGCCUCCGAUUAAAGCGCGAAUUGAUGCCAUGAUCGAGGGUCCAUCUGCGUCACAGAGUUGCAAGAUCAGCAGGCCGCUUGCUUACAGACUGUUUUCGAGCUUGGUUGACUAUAGCUACCAAUUUCAAGGCAUGGAAGAAGUGUUUUUGCAAAGCCAGACUUGCGAAGCAACAGCCAAGAUCACCUUCAAAACCACACCCAACAAUGGCAACUUCUUUUUCAAUCCUUAUUGGAUAGACAGUUGCUGCCACCUCUCGGGUUUCAUUCUCAACGGAACUGAUGCAGCGGGCUCGCAGGACCAGGCGUUCAUCUCCCAUGGGUGGAACUCGUUUAGAUUCAUCGAAGAUCUUCAGGAGCAGGGCUCCUAUCAAGCAUUCACUUGCAUGCUCCCCAAGACAGGAACAAAGCAAGUCGUUGGCGAUGUGUACGUUUUUUCUGGGGAUCGGCUCGUGGGGAUCGCUGGUGAAGUCAUCUUUCAACCUAUUCCGAGGAGAGUGCUUGACACAAUUCUUCCGCACCCCAAACCUUCACCUUUGCGACUGUCGUCGUCACGGCACGUUGUGAUCCCGGACGCUGCGAAAUCAACAGGCGCUAGCGAAGGAGUGCGUAUUGGUUCUAUGAAACACUUGAGUCUGCAGAGUACUUCCAUUGCCACAUCAGAGAAGAAGGCCGCACCCGACUCAAGUUCAAUUGUGCCCAGCUUUAUGGAGAUUCUUCGAAUGGAGAUGGAAAACGAUCUGCCAGAUUGGGACGACGGCACGUCUUUUGUGGAAUUGGGCUGUGACUCGCUUAUGGCUUUGAACGUCACCAGCCGCCUGCGUGAAGAUCUACACAUUGAAGUAGACACGCUUGACUUUUUGACAUACCCAAGUUUGGGAGAAUUCAAGGCCUUUUUGGCGAAUUUGGAACAGAGCAAGGCUUCUAAAGUCAAUGGUGCACUGGCGGAGUGCAAACAUCCUCAAUCGCGAACGAGAAUCAAUUCACCUGUGAACCCCGUCAAUCCACCUACGGAGCUGGUCGCCAGCGAACCUGAUUCCAAAGAGAGCCUACGAGAGAUUCUACAUUCAACCAUUGCUGAAGAGAUGGCUAUUGACCGAGAGGAGCUCGCCGCGACUUCUGAUCUGGCGGAACUGGGUUUGGACUCGUUGAUGAUCCUGUCCAUACUAGGGGCUCUCCAGGACAAACUGAAUCGGAGUAUCCCUACGGAAUGGCUUACCUUGAGCAAUUCUAUGUCUGAUAUAGAACGCGCUUUUGGUUUGGGGGGUCCAUCAUCUGAGAGUGACACUAGUCAACCACAGAUGUUCGCCGGGACCAAUGGGACGGCGACUCCAGUCAGCAUGAUCAGCGAUGCUACGACUCUGGACAUGCGGCCAGUGCCAUAUUCUUUUAAUCACAACACGAGGCAAAAGGCGACCGCCGUGCUACUUCAAGGCAACACGCGUACGAACACGAAAAAUUUGUUCGUCUUCCCUGAUGGAGGAGGUUCUGCAACAUCGUACCGGGAGCUAGGGACCUUCUCAGACGAUUGGGCAGUUUGGGGCCUUUCCUCUCCGUUUAUUAGGGCUCCAGAAGAUUACAAAUGUGGUAUCGAGGGCAUCGCUUCAAUAUUCAUUGAGGAGAUUAAGCGUCGUCAACCCAUUGGCCCAUACUCUUUUGCGGGCUGGUCAAUUGGUGGAGCCAUCGCAUACGAGAGUACGCUUCAGCUCUUGCUCGAGAAUGAGUACGUUCAGCACCUCAUCCUCAUCGAUGCCCCUUGCCCUCUGAUUAUGGAACCAUUGCCCAAGGAUCUACCUCUAUGGUUUGCUGAAAUCGGGCUGGUUGGUACAGCGACUGGUAGUGGGAAAUAUGAAUGUCCUCAGUGGUUACUCUCUCAUUUUGCCGCCAGUUCAGAGGCUUUAUACCUCUAUCAGCCACGGACUUUACCUCUGGGAAAAUGCCCUCAGGUUCUGGCGAUUUGGUGCGAGGAUGGAGUAUGCAAAAACGAGAGUGAUCCUCGCCCCGAUCCAUAUCCAACCGGGCACGCAGAAUUCUUGCUGGAAAACAGAACUGAUUUCGGGUACAACCAGUGGGAUGCUCUUCUGGAUGUGUCCAGGUUUGAAAGCACGCAUGUCCCAGGCAAUCACUUUACAAUGAUGCGUGGCGAGCCUGCCAAAAUGUUAACAACAUACAUACGCAACAUGCUGGCGAAGUUUAAAGACAAUUAG